AUGAUUGAGAGUAAAGGUGGAUUUGUAACCAACAGGCCAGGAGAUGUUCCUCGAGUGAACGGUUUACUAGCUGUGUCUCGUGUCUUUGGAGACAAAAACCUCAAACCAUAUCUGAACGCAGAACCAGACAUUAAGGAUGUUACCAUUGACAGUCACACAGAUUUCCUUAUUCUGGCUAGCGACGGUAUUUCUAAGGUGAUGUCAAACCAAGAAGCUGUUGAUAUAACUAAGAAGUUGAGAGAUCCAAAGGAAGCAGCAAAGCAACUAAUACCCGAAGCAUUGAAAAGAAACAGUAAGGAUGACAUAUCUUGCAUUGUUAUCCGAUUUAGAUGA